AUGUCGGUUGAAAAAUCUACGGAGUUGCGAGGAUCGAGAGCAACCCUGCUCUUUCACGGCGCGUCUGACGUGGCGAGAUCUCUGCCGCACGUUGGGUGCGGUGCAGACGCGUGGGCGACGAGCAGCUGUCGAGAAGCAAUGGCGGCGCCGCCUUUGCUGCACCUCACAUCACCGCAAGGCCCUUCACCUCCGCCACCCUACGGCGCGGUCCCCGCUUCUUUUGUCCUUCGACCCGCACUGUCCUCGCUAAGCGCUGCUCCAGUAUCGGCUAUAACUACGGCCACUCGCCCGUACGCACCACAGCUGGCUGUGCCUUUCUCGAGUAGCGCGGAUGGCAGGCCAGGGGAAAGGGCUGGGGCGGGCGGGGGCAGUGCAGCGGCAGCAUCGGCAAGUGGCGCUGAAGGAAAAGCUGCUGUUCAUCUGUCUGGGCUGGGGGGAGCGAAUGAGGGUGCUGCGAGCGUAGAGAAGAAAGCGGAAGGAAGGGAGCAAGGGGCAGGGGCAGGGAAGGGAGGGACCGGGGGGAAUGGCUCUGGGAAGGCGGUUGUGGGGGCCGCGGGGAAAGGUGGAGCGGGGGAGGCGGUGGCAGGGGGAGGGCAGGGCGGGGAGGAGGCGUCGGACAUGGCGAUUCUGAGCACGCUGGCGCACUACCUGUGGCCCAAGGACAACCCCGACUACCGCCGCCGCGUUGCUGCCGCGCUCACCCUGCUCGCCUCCGCUAAGCUGUUGAACAUCCAGGUGCCGUUCCUCUUCAAGCACGCCAUCGACAGCCUGUCAGCAGCGGCGGGCGCCACGGGAGCCACAGCGGCGGCAGCAGCAGCGACAGCAGCGUCGGACCCGCUCUUCUUCGCGCUCUGUUAG